CCUAAAUAAAAUUUGCGGGGAGAUCCGUGGGUUCCGCGGAGGUGGUGGGGCUCGGUAACCCCACCGUGUUGCCAUGGCUCCGGUCGGGCGGGCUCCGAGAAGGGAUCGGUGUUAGCGGGGGUACCCGAAAGGAGGGACUGCCCCUUGGAAAUGCCGGAGGCCUAGGGGAAGGAACAAUGGAUCUCUGGGUAGAGUCUGUCUCAAGCUGUACACAUCCAUUACUUGUAGCGUCGGGAAGAAACAACCCCUGUCUACCAGUCAUGAAACGAAUUCUUCUGUUUUUUAUUCUGGCGGCUGCUGUUAUGUAUGGUAUACUGCAUGGAAAUCUGUGGAGAAAUAACCUCUACUGGAUUAGCUUUUAUGGACAGACUUCCUCUGUGAGGGCUCCUCCUUCCUAUGAGACUAGUGGAGUUACCCAGCUGCCACCUACGGCUGUGGAGAGAAGGAACUCGCUGGAUACUUGUCUCCUGAAACCAGCAUUUGAAUCUUUAUUGGGUGCUGACAAAAUAUACCCGUUCCUGUGUGCUAAUGACUUUAUCAGAGUGGCGGAAUUCCAUGGGAGCGAUAAGUUUGAACUACCUUACGGAAUAAAGAGAGCAGAGCAAUUUUUUCGUUUAGCCCUUUCAAGACUACAGAACUGUGGACUUUCCAAUGAAGAUGACAGCAUUGCUUGUCGACGGUGUGUUGUGGUCGGUAAUGGAGGAGUACUUCGAAAUAAGACAUUAGGGGAGAAAAUUGACUCGUAUGAUGUGAUAAUAAGAAUGAAUAAUGGCCCUGUUAUAGGGUACGAAGAGGAUGUUGGGAGAAGGACAACUUUCCGCCUUUCUUACCCAGAGUCCAUCUUUUCAGAUCCGAUCCACUACGACCCUAACACAACUGUUGUUCUCAUCGUCUUCAAACCCCGUGACUUGAAGUGGCUUUGGGAGAUACUAGGUGGUCAGAAAAUAAGUGCUAAAGGCUUUUGGAAGAAACCUGCUCUGAACCUGAUAUACAAAUCUAGUCAAAUCAGGAUUCUUGAUCCCAGCAUCACCAGAAAAACAGCUUAUGAGUGGCUUAAUUUCCCAACAAGGUUUCCGAAGAAGGAGCAGCUGUGGUGGUGUGAGCAGAGCCAGGAGCGUAACUGUGAAAUCGGAUGUGCUGCCCCAGCCCCACCGAAGUCAGAAAGUGUUGCAGAGUCAUUCCAGAGCUGCUCCCCCAAAAUGUGACUGGUUGAAUAAAUUUCAUUACAGGUCAAGGGUAUCUGGUUACUGCUCGGGCACUAGCGUGACAAUACAUUUUAAAAGUAGUGUUGCUUUUUUUAGUCUAUUCUUUUGAAGCAAACUUUAUGAUAGCCAAAGGGAAACGGAGCUAGUUGCAACCUGUAAUGUUCCUGAUAUUCCACAUUGCGCUGAUCCUGACGUGUAGCAUUCCUGCCAUGAUUUUUUGUGUCCUGUUUAGUCUGGACAUUGCAACAGAGUGGCUGCUAAGUUUAUGAUACUCACCCCCCAGGGUGGAAAGUUUUGCUAACUGGCAGGAGCCCUGAGCUUAAGUUGAUGUUAUUGCUGAAGUACUGCAAGAGUUGCAUAAAGGAACAAAAAAAUUCUACAUAAAAGGUGAUAGUUCAAUCCUGUGACUUUAAUUAGGCUUACAGAGCUGUUGUUAGUAACUUAACUUCUUCCUGGGGAUUUGUUCUUUUAUCAUAUGAUACAAAGAAAUAUUUUUCUGUGUCAUUGAGUGGAUCUGCCCUCUCUCUGCACAAAGUUGCCCAGCUCUGGUUUGUCUGCUUUGUUUUCAGAGGCAAAUGAACUGAGCAUUGUGUAAGAGUUCAGAAAAGCAUGUGAUUUUAUGCUCAGUUUGAGGUUUGAUUGCAGCUACUGAACAUGUAGCUCAUUUGGUCUCUGAUAAAAUUGUUAUUUUAGCUAAGAAGGGCAUUAGUGCCUGAAUGUUUUGUCCUUUUCUGGGGUCAUUUUUUCCCCCUCAGCUUCAUCUGUUGGUCUAAUGAAAGAGUUCAGCUCUUUCUACAACCCUCAUUUACUUCAGAUCAUUUUAGCCACUGCUGCUGCUAAAACAGUCAUUUACAAGGUGGAACAGAUGGUUGCAAUGAGUUGUUCUAUGCUGUUGUAAGAAAUGCUAAUUUUCAGUUAGGUGCUCUUAAUUUUGCACAGUUAAAGCCUGUUUAUGACCAGCUCUUGGUAUUUUAUAUUGCAUUUAUUUUGAGCUAUCUCACUUUAGGGAGAAUAAACAAUUUUAUCUACAGUUUCUUUUCUUCUAAUGGAAAUAGUGGGGGAGAGGUCUAAAGCCACGUUCUUCUGGAAUUUCCCUUCUUUGAAAAGUUUCAAAUGCAGCCAAAUUUAUGCAGCGGUAGCAUUUAUACUUUUUUAGCUUGAUGUUAUGAAGAUUUGAGGCAUGUCAUGUUACUCUGUUCCUCUGGAUCUCCAUCAUCUAGAAACUUCUGAACGCAUCUGCUAAUUUGGUCAAAUUUAACAGGGUGAAAUGGUGUCCAAUACAUUGAAGCCUGGCCAGUUUCAUGAAAAUAGGUUGCUGAGCAGGCGGAUGGGGACACCUUCCUGAUGGCUCUGCUGAUGGAAGGGGUCUACGAUAUGGGCUCAGCCCUGACUAGAAACUGGAGAAUCUUGGGGAAGGCCAACAUGGAAAUGGAAAAACCUGCAGUUGUGGUCAUGCAAAACCUGCAGGCACUACCUUACUCCUUAGGAGACAUGAGGGGAUCAAACUACAAAACCAAAUGUCUGUAGAAGAGCCACGCUGCCUGAUUUUCAGGGGCUUUGUUCUUAGGUUUGAUGUUCCUGUCAAACUGUAUUUAUGUAU